AUGUUUAAACCAAAAUUAAAUAUUAUAAUCAUAACAGUACUCACCGGUUUCAGCUGCAAUGCGCCAAAUGCAGUAGCGGCCGGUUCACGCAUACUCGGGUUCUUCGUCACCUAUUCCAAAUCGCACAUGCUGCUCCAUUGCAACGUCGCUGAGCAGUUGGCGCGUGUCGGACACGAAGUCACCGUGAUUGGUAUUAUCGAUAAUGUCUAUCCUAAUGCCACAUAUAAAUAUAUACACCUGCAGCUGCCAGAUGGCGGUAUACUGGAUGACAACGCGCUGCGCAGCGUGAUCAAUACGCGGCACUCGUUGGUAAAGAGCUUGAUUGUCACAACCGGCGAGUAUAUGCGCAUGGCUAAUGAGACCAUGUGGCAGCCGACAAUGCGUGAGUUUCUGCGUGAAAAUAGCGCAAACUCAUUUGAUCUGUUGCUCUUCGGUUUCGUGAUGAACGAGUUCCAGUUGGGCUUGGCGGCGCAUUUUCAAUGUCCAAUUGUGGUUUUGUGGGUGGUGCGACCGGUAUUACAAGUCAAUAGGUUUAUUGGUAACCCGUUAGAGAUGGCGUAUGUACCCAAUUUAUCCAGUCAUCUGCAGCAGCCGUUUAAUUUUCUGCAAAGAGUAAAGAACUAUGUUACAGCAUGGAUGGAAUUUGCGUUGAUGGCUUAUCUGGAUUAUCGUACGCAACAGUUAUAUGAGUAA